AUGCCACACACCAAAAACACCCGUUUCAGUGUUGCUGAUUUUAUGAAGAAGAGAAAGGAAGCAAGGCAAAAGGCAGUGGAGGAAUGUAGAGUGUUAAAAGCAGAGCUGUAUAGAAAUAAGAGGAAAAUUGACAGACUAGAAACAAAGGUUAGCGGAAAUUAGUAAGAUUAAACUUACAGUACUGUCAUAAGUGACACUGUGAACAUACAUGUGGUUAUUGAUAAACAAUUUCUAAUUUGUCAUUUCCUGCAGAUGAGAAAUAUUAAACCUGACACUUUUUUAAUGUAUUGAUUGAGUUUUUCUUCUUUUAUCAAAGGUCAGUGAUUCAAGGAUAGCAUUGGCAGAUAUAACUAACGGCACUCCAAAUAAUCAGGUGAGUAGCAACCCCCAAAAUAUUUUUUCAGCAACCAUUUUUUUAAGGGUGAUGGAUAAUAUUCAUUACCCCCUUUAUCUUUGAGGUGCUGAAAAAAUAAUAAAUAAUAAUUUUUUGCCUUUGCAGUUACAAUUGGGGAACACUGAUACCAGUGCACGAACAAGACCCCCAACUAUUUUGGUGGAUGGGAAAUCAAAUAUGCCACCAAGAACAGCUGCGAAAAGACGACAUGAAACACUGACACAUGCUUCUGCAAUCCAUGGCGGAUCUAAAAAUAACCCAGGUCCAGCCUUUGAUGGGAUGUUUGACACACUAGCUAAACGAUGUAAAGUAGAUAAAAUGAAAGAUUAUGUUCUGGGUCAGAAAACAUUAAAAGAGAAAGUAGCCUCAGCUAUGUUUAAAAAAAACGUGAAAGCUUUUGAAAGCUCUGCAGAAAAUGCAAAAAGAAGCAUUGCAGUUUUCUAUAGUAGUGGUGUAAUGGGAAAGCGAAAAUAUAAAUCUGUUCGAAUUUCAUUAUCAAUGAAGUCAAAUGAAACUACAAAGGGAAGAUCAGCUAUAAGUGUUAUGCCAAAGUGCCCAAUUCCAAAAUUAUUGCCAUAUGACAAGCUUGUGAAAGAAAUAAACGAAAUUGAGAUUGGAAAUGUGUACAGGUUCGAUGAAGAGUUUCCAGGGGCAAUCGGAGAUGAACUUACUCAAGGUUGUUUUCGAAAGUUAGUUGAGUACUUGCCACGCCUGGCAAAAUUCUACCUCAGAAAAGAUAGAAAGGAAGCCCUUCUGUGGUUUGGCAAAACUGAAGGCACUUUUUUAAUUGCUGUGGGUGGGGAUGGUUGCCCAUUCGGAAAGAAUGAGUCAGCUUGUUCUUUUUUGUUAAGUUUCAUGAAUGUAGGUAAACGAGUUGCAUCGAGCAAUGACAACUUUAUUAUUUUUGGUGGAAAUUGUGAGGAAACAUCACUUGUUGUGCGUAAGUAUUGUCAGUUCUUGUGCAAAGAAAUUUGUGAGAUAGAAAACAAAGUCUUUGAAAUUGAGGGCCUUCAUGUUACAUUCAAAUGUGCCGAGUUACCUAAUGACAUGAAAAUGUUGGCCAUGUUAGGUGGUGAACUAUCUAACAGUGCAAAAUAUUUCUCGUCCUUUGCAAAUGUGUCAAAAGACAACUGCACAGACCUGAAGGGGACAUUUGCAACUGAUAGCACAAGCUUAUGGCAUCCAUGGAAAUAUGAGGACAGAAUUAAAAUUGCAAAUGAGGUUGAGAAAUUUAAAAAAACCNAUCAAGAUGCCGCACAUGCACAGAAGCGUGUCACAGUCCCUUUAAGGCUGUAG